CUCCUUCCUGUAUUCUAGUACUCUUUUUCAACACCGUCAACAAUGCGUGCCUCUACCUCAGUGUCCUGUUCUUAGAGCAGCUCCAAAGCGUGUGCACCAACAUAGAUUGUUCAACUCAAAGUCGGUUUUUUUGUUGUGCGAGGGUGUGUUCUUGAUUUCCACAUUUGAUCUUGCCAUUCCAAAAGGAGUCGGUCCAUUUUGCUUGAAAAGAUCUCAGCAAUGGCAUUUACAUUUUGGUGAGUCAUGAGUCUUUAGAAAGUUCUUUAUGAGCGCUUCAUAAACGAUAAUGCAUUUCAGCCUUUUUACCUUUUCUUCUCUCUCUCCCCUGCAAUAAAUGACAAACAAGCGUUUCAACGUCUUUAUUUGGGUGUAUCCUUCGUUUUCUCUUUUGAAUUUUGCCCCACCAAACAACACAUGGGUUGUUUUUCCAAAAAAAAGACAACACCAGCGCAAGCGGCUUUGGAAAAAUCAAGAAUGCCUCGUCUCUGCGAUGGGUUCUCUGUGAUGAGAUCGUGAAAUGAUCCACAGCUUCGGAUUAAUUAUUAAUUGGUGUCCAUUGAAACAGUAAGAAAGUUGAAAAGCUCUAUGUUCCGUGCAUAUAUGGCGAGGCGAUUGAUGUGUUGUCGAAUUGAGAUUUGAUCUCGGGUUUCCAUGUCUUUCAUGGUUUCAGAGAUUGGAGCUACUGCUAGAGUGGGUUGCGUGUGAACUAGUGUUUUGCUGUUCAAAAGCUGGCUUCUUCAACAAAAAGACUCUUCUUGGAUUCUUUCACUGCUUGACUUGAGCUUUAGAGAUCCAGAUGGUUAUAGCUUAUCCAGUGUUCGCAUAUGUGUAGCUACUUAAUCAUGUACAUGCUGAAGAGUAUUAUUACCUGACUAUUGAAUGAAUCUGGACCUUGUAAAGGGACAGCCAUUACAACGAAGCUGUGAUCUCAACGAUGAGUAACCUCAAACUAGGAGUAGAUGUUGUCGGUGCUCACAAUCUUUUGCCAAAAGAUGGGCAAGGUUCAUCCAAUGCAUUUGUGGAGCUCUUUUUCGAUGGGCAGAAGUUUCGGACCACCAUCAAAGAAAAGGAUCUUAACCCCAUUUGGAACGAGAGCUUCUACUUCAACAUCUCCGACCCUUCCAAUCUCCAUUACCUCACUCUGGACGCAUACAUCUACAAUACCAUCAAGGUCACCAACACCAGAAGCUUCCUUGGGAAGGUUUCCCUUUCCGGCACUUCCUUCGUUCCCUACUCUGACGCUGUUGUGCUUCACUACCCACUGGAAAAACGUGGCAUUUUUUCGCGUGUGAGGGGGGAGCUCAGCCUGAAAGUGUACAUCACUGACGACCCAAACAUAAAGUCUUCCAACCCACUGCCGACAACCGAAGUCUCUCAAAAGGAUCCAAGUGCAAAUGUCCCAAACAUGGUUUCUAACACGGGCCAUGCUGAGAAAGGUGGGGUGAGACACACAUUUCACCACCUCCCGAACACGAAUAAUCAACAGCAACAGCAAGUUCCUGUUGCGCCGGAAAUUCCUCAUAGGGACCAGGUGCCUCAACAUGAUCAUGGGCCAAAGUACGGCAUCGACCAUAUGAAAGCAGAACCGCAUCCUCCGAAGCUGGUCCGGAUGUACUCUGCAGCGUCGUCCCAACCAGUUGAGUAUGCCUUGAAAGAGACGAGCCCAUUCCUCGGAGGGGGAAGAGUUGUUGCGGGCCGUGUUAUUCGCGGUGACAAGACAGCAGGUACUUAUGAUCUCGUUGAGCAGAUGCAUUUUCUCUACGUGAGAGUUGUUAAGGCUCGUGAGCUUCCGGCCAUGGAUGUUUCUGGUAGUAUUGAUCCGUAUGUCGAGGUGAAAGUGGGGAACUAUAAGGGAAUUACUAAGCACUUUGAGAAAAAGCAAAACCCAGAGUGGAACCAGGUGUUCGCUUUCUCGAGGGAGCGGAUGCAAGCAUCCGUGCUAGAUGUUGUUGUCAAGGACAAGGAUCUCGUCAAGGACGACUUCGUUGGAAUUGUGCGCUUCGAUGUUAAUGAGGUCCCACUUAGGGUCCCGCCGGAUAGCCCCCUGGCACCGGAGUGGUACCGGCUUGAAAAUAAGAAGGGAGAGAAGAUAAAGGGAGAGCUGAUGUUAGCAGUUUGGAUCGGCACCCAGGCUGACGAGGCCUUUCCCGAUGCUUGGCACUCCGAUGCCGCGACACCUGUCGAUGCUACGCCGACGGUCUCGACCCUGAUACGCUCAAAGGUCUAUCAUGCACCGCGGUUGUGGUAUGUGAGGGUUAAUGUUGUGGAGGCUCAAGACUUAGUUCCGACCGAAAAAAAUCGUUUCCCUGAUGUUUAUGUUAAGGCUCAGAUAGGGAACCAGAUAAUGAAGACAAAGACAGUUCAGGCUCGGGGCUUCAAUUCCUUGUGGAAUGAGGAUCUUUUAUUCGUUGCUGCCGAACCUUUCGAAGACCAUCUGAUCCUUUCAGUUGAGGACCGUGUAGCCGCUGGCAAAGACGAGAUCCUUGGGAGGGUCAUCAUCUCUUUGGCAUCGGUGGAGAAGCGCGCAGAUGAUCGGAUCAUCCACUCUCGCUGGUUCAAUCUAGAGAAGCCUGUAGCCGUAGAUGUGGAUCAGAUAAAGAAAGAGAAAUUUUCGAGCAAGAUCCAUCUCCGAGUUUGUCUAGAUGGAGGAUAUCAUGUUCUUGAUGAGUCAACUCAUUAUAGUAGCGAUCUGCGGCCAACUGCUAAGCAGCUAUGGAAGCCAUCAAUUGGUGUUUUGGAACUCGGAAUUCUGAACGCCGUGGGCCUUCACCCGAUGAAAACACGGGACGGCAGGGGCACGUCUGAUACAUAUUGUGUUGCCAAGUAUGGUCACAAAUGGGUCCGCUCGCGCACCAUUGUCGACAAUCUGUGUCCGAAAUAUAACGAGCAGUACACUUGGGAGGUUUUUGAUCCGGCCACGGUUCUAACGGUAGGUGUAUUCGAUAACAGCCAGCUGGGUGAAAAAGGUGCAAAUGGCAACAAGGACCUGAAAAUCGGGAAGGUGAGGAUCCGCAUUUCGACCUUGGAGACGGGUCGUGUCUACACGCACACGUAUCCACUCCUAGUGCUCCAUCCUACAGGAGUAAAGAAGAUGGGAGAGUUGCAUCUGGCAAUACGGUUCUCGUGCACAUCUUUAGUGAACAUGCUUUACAUUUAUUCGCGUCCGCUUUUACCUAAGAUGCAUUAUGUGAGGCCCUUCAAUGUGAUGCAGCUCGACAUGCUCCGCCACCAAGCUGUCACCAUAGUGGCAGCAAGACUUGGCCGGGCCGAGCCUCCGCUUCGGAAGGAGGUGGUGGAGUACAUGUCUGAUGCGGACUCACACCUCUGGAGCAUGCGCAAGAGCAAGGCAAACUUUUUCCGUCUGAUGUCGGUUUUCUCCGGACUGUUUGCUUUGGGAAAAUGGUUUGGGGAUAUUUGCUUGUGGAGGAAUCCCAUUACAACUGUGCUCGUGCAUGUGCUCUUUGCGAUGCUCGUCUGCUUCCCGGAGCUGAUACUGCCCACUACAUUUCUGUACAUGUUUCUGAUCGGAGUAUGGAAUUUCAGGUAUCGCCCCAGGUACCCUCCCCACAUGAACACCAAAAUCUCGCAAGCUAAUGCGGUACAUCCUGACGAGCUGGAUGAAGAAUUCGACACAUUCCCAACCACACGCAGCCCGGAUCUGGUGAGGAUGAGGUACGAUCGGCUCAGAAGUGUGGCUGGUAGGAUUCAGACCGUGGUUGGCGAUGUGGCGACCCAAGGAGAGCGGCUUCAGGCUUUACUGAGCUGGCGGGAUCCACGUGCUACGGCAAUCUUUGUCACUUUCUGCCUCGUCGCUGCGCUCGUAUUGUACGUGACCCCCUUCCAGGUGGUGGCAGGAUUGGCGGGAUUUUACAUGAUGAGACAUCCUAGGUUCCGUCACAGGCUACCUUCGGCACCGAUCAACUUCUUCAGACGCCUGCCAGCCAGAACUGACAGCAUGCUGUAAAAAUGUAAAACCGAUGUUCUGGCCUGUCUAAAUCUAAAUUUAUCCUAGUUCUCUUUCUAGUGUGAAUCUUGUAUUGUGGCCUUGCGGUCCUGAAUUCUGUUAUUAGAGUAAUAACUUUAGACUAUUACUGGA